GUCUUCUUCUGCAGAGAGAGAAAAAGAGAGCUCAAGAGAGAGAGAGAGGAAGGCUCCUCGUCGAUCUUGUUCGAGCAGGGCGUGACCUGAGAUCAACACAGCUCCCCACCGCCGUCGAAAUCGAGCUCCAGCCAUGUGGAGAAGGCUCGCCUCUUCGCACCUCAAAACCCUAGCCGCCGCCGCCGCCUCCUCCUCCUCCGCCCCGCGCCGAUCCUCCGCCGCCGCCGCCGCCUCUUCUCCAGCUCGAUUGUUCGGCAGCCCGCCCCUCAUUUCUCGCCCCCUCCUCCGCUCCUGCUCCUCUUCCUUGCUCGCGCGCCGGUUCAGCGUCGAAUCCGGUGAAACAGCUGUUAAGAAGAAGGUCGAAGAUGUAAUGCCUAUCGCAACUGGACACGAGCGUGAGGAGCUAGAAGCUGAGCUUGAGGGAAGGGACGUUCUCGACAUCAACUUCCCAGUCGGGCCUUUUGGUACCAAGGAAUCUCCUGCUGUUGUCAAGUCGUACUAUGAUAAGAGAAUAGUCGGAUGUCCGGGAGGGGAAGGAGAGGAUGAGCAUGACGUUGUCUGGUUCUGGCUGGAGAAAGGCAAGCCUCAUGAAUGUCCCGUGUGUGCACAGUAUUUUGUGCUUGAAGUUGUGGGUCCCGGAGGACCACCAGAUGGGCAUGAUGACGAAGACCAUCACCAUUGAUUCGGGCUUGAGGGUUCGUGAUUGGAAUAAAAUCUGGGGAGGUAAAAGGACAGUUUUCUGUACUCUGCUGAGUCAAUCAAAGGCUCGUUAUGUUUGUUUCUUUUUGGUCACGGCUCAAAAGACCGUGACAUGCAACAGUGGGGCUGUACCUUCCUUUUUUGGUACUCUAGAUGUGGAAUAUUUGCACUCAGAGCUAUGGAUAUUAUUGUUAGGUCUUCCCUGGAUUUGUUGCUGAAUAAUGAUUCUUUUGUGACCCUUCUUCUAGGUGUUUUCACACAA